GAGAUCCAAUGAAGGCGCUCGUCAAAAAGACACUCGCCUACCUUGCCGCUCGCACAUGUCUCACUUUUGUUGAGAACGCAACAGCUACUAAUCGCAUUCGAGUGUUCCCAGGUUCUGGAUGCUACUCGAGCAUCGGAAUGAUUGGAGGGGAACAAGAUUUGUCGCUAGCCGAUGGCUGUGAUACGAUGGGAAUCAUCGCCCAUGAAUUCAUGCAUGCUCUUGGAAUAUUUCAUAUGCAAAGCCGCUUCGACCGUGAUUCUUUCAUUACAAUCGACUUGACCAACGUGCCGGCACUUCGAGGAGUCGAUCCUGAGCAACGUCGCGAGAGACUCAGAAACCUGCGACUCGUUGAUAUGGUCACUUCACCAGCGUCAACGUCAACCAACACCGAUGAUAAUCAAUCAAUCAAAGCGAAUCUAGCUUUUUUCUCCGGAGGUGGUCCAAUCCUUGAACAGAAUGGCAUCGAAGGCGUCAUUGAUUACUUGUACGAAGGUGAUAUCAAUCUCACAGAGGAGCAGCUUGCUGCCCUCGAAUCAAAACUGAACAAUGGCACAACUCGUCAAAAGCGACAAGCUUCCAAGGUUGCGUCCUUAUGGGCAAAUAAAAAAGUCUUCUACUACUUUGAUGCAAGCCUCGGAGAGCCAAUGAAAGCGCUCGUCAAGAAGACCCUUGCCUAUCUCACAGCUCGCACAUGUCUUACCUUUGUUGAAAACGCAACAGCUACGAAUCGCAUUCGAGUGUUCAACGGUUCUGGAUGCUACUCGAGCAUCGGAAUGAUCGGAGGGGAACAAGAUUUGUCGCUGGGCGAUGGCUGUGGUAUAACACUUCGAGCAGAAGAUCCCGAGCAACGUCGCGAGAGACUGAGAAACCUGCAAGCCGUUGAUGUGGUUACUUCACCACCAGGAGUGUCAUCCAACACCGACGAGAAUGACUUAAUUGAAACGAGCAUGGCCUCUCUUCUUGGAGGUGGCUCGAUUGUCGAAAAAAAUCGCAUCGCAGGGGGAACAGCUCGCUGCCCUCGAAGCGAAAUUGAGCAAAUGCACAACUCGCCAAAAGCGCCAAGACCUAUUCUAUAUGGACAGACAAAAAAGUCUUCUACUACUUUGAUGCAAGCUUCGGUCGGUGAUAACGGCAAACAAUCGAAGGGAGAGCCGAAGAAGGCCCUCGUCAAGAAAACCCUUGCAUAUUUGACCGCUCGUACAUGUAUCACCUUUGUUGAGAACGCUACAGCUAUGCAUCGCAUUCGAGUGGUCAGUGGUGAAGGACGUAAUUCGUUCGUCGGAAUGGUUGGAGGCGAACAAGAUCUUUCGUUAGGCGAAGGCUGCGAUACGAUGGGAAUCGUCGCCCAUGAAUUCAUACAUGCUCACGGAGUAUAUCAUAUGCAAAGUCGUCACGACCGCGAUUCUUUCAUUACAGUCGACUUGACUAACGUGCCGGUAGGUAUUUUUUAG